CAUUGUGGUAGACGCUGAGGUGAUAUUCAAUAAUGUCAGCUCACUACCAACUGCCAGUUCUGUGGCUGAAGCUUUGGUGUCUGCUGCUUCCAGCUCUAAUUUCUCCCUGAGUAUUAACACAUCGUCCAUUGUUGCAACAAAUCCUCUAUCACCUUCUCCAACCGCUGGAACUUCAGCAGCAUCAACAAAAGCAACAACUGCUGCCUUGGAAAUGACUAAAACAGCUGCCCCAACAUCUGAGCAAAAAGUCAUGCUGGAAUUUAAAUUGUUGCAGAAUUUUACAGAACAGCUAGCAAACAAAUCCUCCCCAGAGUUCAAGGAACUGGAGAACACAGUUUCCACAGCUCUCAACCAAGUUUAUUCAUCUAAAUAUGGCGCUCUCUUCAAAAGAACUGUGAUCACCGGUUUCAGUCAAGGAUCAGUUGUGGUCAAAGCUGAAGUGAUAUUCAAUAAUGUCAGCUCACUAGUAGAUGCCAGUUCUGUUGCUGAGGCUUUGAUGACUUCAGCUUCCAGCUCUAAUUUCUCCCUUAGUAUCAACACAUCAUCCAUUGUUGCAACAAGCUCAAGUACAGCAACAACUACUCCAACAACUCUUCCUACAUUGCCUCUUGAUCGAACUUCCGUCCUCAGUACUACAGGGGCUUCAACUAAUGCUCCUUCAACUAAAGCUGCCUCCUCUGCCACUCCCAAUGCAACACCAACUAUGACUGCAACUUCUGCUGCUUCAACUGAAACUCAAUCCCUUGCUCCUAGUGUUACAACUGUUUCAACCGCCCCUCCAACAGAUCCACCUUCUAUGAUGACUUCUUCCAUUACAGAAGCCACGACUACGGCUUCAACGAAUCCUCCCUCGUCCAGUGAGGGAACACUUGGUCUUCAGUUUAGUCUAGACCAAACAUUUACAUCAGACCUCUCAAACUCGUCCUCCACAGUGUAUACAACUCUAUCUUCAACAGUGGUCUCUCAGGUCAACAUGAUUUGUCGGAAAGUCUAUUCCUCAACUUUCAGUCGCUCAAUUGUUAACAUGUUCACGAGAGGAUCUGUGGUUGUUGACAUGACUCUUGUCUACAAAAAUAAAUCCUCAGUUCCUUCAGCAAGCAGCGCAACUGCAAAACUCAGCACUGAACUAACCAGCAACACCACCUCCCUCAACAUUAUACCUGGCAGUGUUAUUGCAUAUUCAUCAACAUCAGACAGCCCUCCCCGCCCUCAAGCGGUCACCGUGGCCAUUUUUGUUUCCUUUUCACUUCUAGCUGUGGGACAUAUGCUAACAGUAUUCUAGCUGAAUCAUGAGACUAUCGCUCACUGCAUGAAUGGCUUUUGAAGUUGUAUCAAGCAUACAGUGUGGAGAAAUAAUGUUCAAAAUCAAUUCAAAAUGUAUUUUCAUGUACGACCAGUGUAGUAAGAUGCACAGUUACAACUUCACACAAAUUAUUGUGCUUCACUUUUAAAGGCAGGGUUGGUAAUUUUCAAAAACUAGCAUGAUUUUGAAAGUAGCAUUCCCUCAGAGCCCGGUCUGCACCCACCCCCUCCCCUCUGUGCUCCCUCAAAAGCCACGCCCCUCAAUUACAUACA